CAUCAUCAUACAGACCCACAUAACUUUGACUGCCAAGUUCAGGGCUUGUUACGCCUACAUGAUCAGCCAAGGAAAAGAAAUCGGCGAUGUACCGAAUUUCGAGUCAGCCGAGGUGGCCUUGAGACACUUACGGGAGCUCCAGGUCGAUGGCCUGCAAGUGUUCUUCUCGUCGACCAUGGCCGUGAUGACCUAUGUGAGCGCCAAGGAUUCGCCCAGCAUCGGUCCCCGCAGGAGGAACUGCAAUCGCUUCUUCGUGGCGGACAUCGACUCUACUUGUCGGGAAACUGUGGGCACCCUGCAGUCCCAGUACUGGCCGGACGAUAUGUCAGAGUCUAUAACCUACCGCGAUGCGCAGGGUGGCUACAUGUUGGUGUUCGAGAGUGUCAACUCGCUCGAUGACAAGGCAAAGCGCUACGGGAACAUGACCGAUGGCUGGGCGUUCUUCGACAUGCAGCGCGACAUCUACUGGCCGUGCAGCGCUGGUAGCGCGUACGCACGAGUCAAACACGGCAUCUCUGCUAUGCGCGGCCAGCGGUCGGCAAUAAAAGCGACCGCGUAGUAUAGUGGCUUGAGUUGGUCGUCUGUUUCAGUUGUGGCAUGCGUUUAUACGCACGUGUACAGGAGCCCGUUCAGGCUACACAAGCGGCGACGAAAAUUACAACGUGCAUGAAAAUUGAAACGUCAAUGUAACGAAUGAAAUAUUCUUUAGCUGGCUGCUACUAGGCGCAUCAUAGAUGAGGAAAAAAGUUUAUAAUUGUUUCGCG